AUGUACAACUCCAAUAAUAAUAAUAAUCAAGAUCUAUCGAGCUCAACAGAAAUUCAUCAAGAUGAAAAUCAAAUAAACUCAAAUAUUUUCGAAAAUUGCGCUUUUGCCACACAUUUAAUCACCACUAAAGAAGGCUAUGUAGAGAAGACCCAAAAAGUUGAACAAGCUCUUUCUUUGGGUAUCCCAAUUUUGGUUAAAGAAUUUGUCCAUGAUUGUGUAUUAAAAAAAGAAUUAAUUCCUGUUGAAACCUUUUUAGUAUCAUUCUUAACAUCUAAUGCAUCUAUUUUAUCCUCAUCACAAGAGUUAGAGGUAAAAUCAAAUGAUGUAUAUAUAAAUAUGCUUUCCUCCGUUAAUAAAGUUAAUCUUGAUGAUAAGACAGCAACAACAACCGAAACUACAAAAAAUAGCUCGCCAAUCAUCUCUUUGAUUGCUUUAGAAGAAAAAAAUGGUAAUAAUGCUAAUACAGCUCAAUGCAAUCAACAAUUUUUAGAAGCCGAAAAUCAAGCACUUAAAGAUAAAAUCAAAGAGAUUGAAUAUGAAUUUAAAUGCUAUAAAAUUGCAAAAGAGAGUUUAGAAAUAGAAAAAGAUUUAGAAAUAAAAAAAUUAAAAGAAGGUCAAAGAUAUAAUAGUACAGUCAAAGAAUCACUCUUAAGAGAUCUCGAGAAUAGAUGUAAAGAGGUUAUUGAUUUAGAAUUUAUAUUAGAAGAAUAUCAAGCUCGUAAUGCUAAACUUACAGACCGUUUGAAAAGUUCCAAUAAACCAAAUGGAAAUGAUGAAGAGAAAAAAAUAAUCCAAACAAAACUCGACCAAAUGACCACAUUAAAAAUUCAAUUAGAUAUUGAAAAUACUCAACUCAAUUCUGAAAUUGAAGGAUUAAAAAAAUUUCACUCCCUCAGAGGCCAUCAUAUUUCUGGUUUAGAAAAUAAUAUAUCAGGUAAUCAAGAGAGUCAAUCUAAAAUACCAAUUAAUCAUCAAAGCCAAACAAUACUAAAUGAAGGUAUUAAAAAUGAGCUCGAAGGAGUUAAAUCAAAAAAAUCUGAAAAGUUGGGUGCUCGUAUUGCAAGAUUUUUUAGAUGUGGUAGAAGUAAUAGUGGUAGUGCUAAAUUAGAAUCAAACAAUUCAAAUAAAUCCUCAACUAGUAAACUACCAUCUUCAUCAUCAUCAAAUAAUUCAACAUCACCAUCAACAUUUUAUAUAAAUAACAACACCUCACCAUUGGUACCUCCACCACAUUUACCACCAUUACCAGCUUGGAGAUAUAAAUAUAUCUCUUUAGUUCUACCAAAUUCACUUGCCAAACCAUCUUCUGGAGUACAGAACUUGACUUCAAGAGGCUCAUCAGAUAGUAGUUCAUCAUCAGCCAUCAAAAGUCAAAGAAAUAGCAGUAUUUUUGUUGUAGAUCCAAGAAAUUUCAAUGACGAGCUUCCAACUGAAAUGAUGUUACAGGCUGAACAACUUAGAAAAUUAGAGAUUUCUGACUCAAAAAGUUCAUUUGGAAACAGAGGGAAAAAGAAAGAGAAAAACAUAGAGACAGAGAUAGGGAUAGGGGAUAGAGACAGAGAAAGGUCAAGAUUCAAAGAUAGAGAAAGAGAAAGAGAAAGAGAAAGAGAAAGAGAAAGAGAAAGAGAAAGAGAAAGAGAAAGAGAAAGAGAAAGAGAAAGAGAAAGAGAAAGAGAAAAACAUAGAAACCGAGAUAGGGAUAGGGACAGAGGGAGGUCAAGAUCCAAAGAUAGAGAAAAAAAAUGA